AUGCACAUUUGUGUCACCAUGGAUGAAAAACAACCCCCCGGAGAACAACAAAAUCCUCACCUUGACCGCGCGGAUGAUGCCGUAGUGUAUCUUGAUGGCCAUGCAAAUAGCGCAGACGGCCCACAGGUUGAUCUGCGGGCCCUUCGUCGGAAGAUCGAUCUACGAUUGAUGCCAUACAUGUUUUGCUGUUACAUUUUACAGUUCCUUGACAAAGUUAUGCUCAAUGUACAUUCCAUUCAGUAUGCGGCCGUUAUGGGAAUCAAAAAAGAUUUGAACCUUGUUGGAAAUGAUUUUUCAAAUACGGCUACCUGGUUUUUUAUUGCUUAUUUGAUUGCAGAGGUUCCCAAUGUAUACUUCUUACAAAAAGCCCCCCCUGCUAAAUGGCUCGGCGGAAACGUUUUCCUUUGGGGCGUCGCGGCGGCGGCCUCGGCUGGUGCCCAAAAUUAUCGCGGUUUGCUGGUCGCCCGGAUUUUCCUUGGAAUCUUUGAGGCCACUGUCGGUCCCUCACUGAUGCUUAUUAGCAGCCAGUACUACACUCGCAGCGAGCAAGCCCCUCGGUUUACUGUUUGGUAUAUGGGACUUGGCGUUGCCCAGAUCUUGGGAGGCCUCAUUUCCUUCGGCUUUCAGCACGUACACAAUGCCUCUUUGGAUGGCUGGAGAAUCAUGUUCAUUGUUCUCGGUCUAGUCACGGCGGUGGUUGGCACAUUGACUUUCUUCUUCAUCCCGGAUACCCCAAUGAAAGCCACUUGGUUGACUGAGCAUGAGAAGGUUGCCCUCCUGCAACAUGUCAGUGAAAACCAAACUGGUGUAUGGAGCACGACUGUGAACAUGAGCCAAAUCCUAGAGGCCGUGCUGGACCCACAGCUGUGGCUCCUCACUGUAACAACAAUUUUGAUUUCGGUAUCAAGUGGUGUUGUGACCACCUACUCGGCCACUUUGAUUGCUGGAUUCGGUUUCACUGGUCCAAUCUCGGCUCUUUUGAAUAUGCCUUCCGGCAUUGUCAGUAUCUUUUUCACGUUGCUCGUUGGCUUUGGUAUUCGGAAGACCUCUCACCGCUGGGCAUGGAAUGCCUUUUGUACUAUCCCUGGCAUCAUUGGUGGGGCCCUGUUGUCUUUCAUGCCGAAAAGCGACAAGGCAGGCGUCCUGAUUGGCAUCUACCUGGUCAACGCAAUUGUGGCCACCCUGCCCAUUCUUUACCAGUGGACGAUGGCGAACUGUGCUGGUCACACCAAGCGUGCGUUCUCCAGUGCUCUGGUCGCAGGCUCCUUCUCCAUUGGAAAUAUCAUCGGUCCACAGACAUUCCAGGCGCGAGAUGCGCCAGAUUAUCGGCCCGCCAAAAUUGCUGUCCUUGCCACCCAGGCUGCUGCGGCUGUGUUGUCUGUUGCGCUUUUCAUUUACUAUAGGUGGCAAAACGGUCGCAGGGAUCAAGCAAAGGGGCCCGUCAACGAGGAUAUGAUUGACGAGAUCAAGUGGGCUGGACUCACGGAUAAGCAAAAUUCCUCCUUCCGCUAUGUCUACUAG